CCCCAGCGGCCCAGCGUGCGGAGACGGGAGACGCGCUCCCCAGUCCCCACCCCCCUCUCGUGUCGUGGCGACGACUGGGGGGCUGUCGCUGCCGCCCUACGUCAGGUGGCCAGGUCGUAUUAGGGCACUUCGCCGGCGACGAGUACCACAAGGCAGUGGACACUUUCUCUGGUAUCAGAGGAUCAAUGUCCAAUUAUUAUGAUGACUACGAUGACAUUGACGGGAUGGAGGAUGAUUAUGAUAUGGAUGAUCCCAUUGAUGACAUGGUAGACGAGCAGCAAGGGAUUAGGGAUUCUGAUGUGGAAGAUAAUGAUUAUGGACAACCAAAUGAUAAGAUCCCAGAUACUUCAUCAGCAGAUGCAAGAAAAGGAAGGGACAUUCAAGGAAUACCCUGGGAGCAGAUAAACAUAACCCGUAAAAAAUACAGACAGUCCAGAUUAGAACAGUACAAAAAUUAUGAGAAUGUACCUAACUCUGGAGAAGAAGCUAUGAAGGAUUGCAAACCAACAGAGAAAGGUGGGAUAUACUAUGAGUUUAGACGAAAUACUAGAUCGGUUAAAUCAACUAUUCUACAUUUUCAGCUUAGAAAUUUGGUAUGGGCAACGUCCAAGCACGACAUCUACCUAGUAUCUCAUUACUCAAUUCGUCACUGGUCAGCAUUGAGUGGUGUGGAUACUGAACUUAUCAACGUCCAAGGACAUGUGGCACCAAGGGAGAAGCAUGCAGGAAGUUUAUUAGAGGGGUUUUAUCAGACUCAAGUUAGUACCUUGACAGUCAAGGACAAUUUACUGGUAGCUGGUGGGUUUCAAGGAGAGCUGAUCUGUAAAGUAAGUUAACAACUAUGGAUCAAGUUCGUUUGAAUCCAUGCUGUUGAUGUGCUAGCUGUUGGCGCAGCAUCUUUGCUGUGGACUGUGGUCACAUUAUCUCUUCUAACCACUUUAUAUAUCUAUUUUUACUUUUAUCUGUCCUUACCACUGGAAUCUUCCUAUAUAGAAACUUGGACAUAUAAUGCACACAUUAGGCUAAUGAUGUCACUGGGUAUCCAGUCCUUUACUCAAACUCAUGUCCGUGUUAUUUGGGGAGGGUAUAUAUCCAGUAAAAUAUGGAUAUGGGGAGGGUGUCAAUGGGUAAUACCCAUUACACCCAUACCCACUCUAAACAUGAGAGAUGGUGAUGGUGAAGGAGAUAUGCGGGUUCAGUGAGGCGGAGACGGCAAGGAGAAAAGGAUGGUGCAGACAAUUGCUGAGUAGGCAUCAGCUAGUCAGCCGAGGCCGGGUGAUGCACAUCGGCGGCACGGAAGAAUGCCAGCAUCACUGCCCAGCAGUUCCCUGGCAACAACUUAUAUCUCAGUUCUCUGUGUGCUCUCCAUAUUGAUCUUUUGUUCAAUUGAAUAUCUUCUGUUGAUGUCAAAUGCAGCACCUUGAUCAGGAAGGUAUUAGUUUUUGCUGUCGAACAACUUAUGAUGAUAAUGCUAUUACAAAUGCGGUUGAGAUAUUUAAUACCUCUAGUGGCGCCGUUCACUUCAUGGCAUCAAAUAACGACUCUGGUGUGAGAUACUAUGACAUGGAGAGAUUCCAGCUAUUCAAGCAUUUUCAGUUUGAAUGGCCAGUGAAUCAUGCUUCGUUGAGUCCUGACAGAAAGGUGGUUGUUAUUGUGGGUGAUGAUCCUGAUGGUCUACUUAUUGAUGCAAACUCUGGAAAGACAGUUCAUUCCAUAAAAGGACAUCGGGACUACUCAUUUGCAUCGGCUUGGAGCCCUGAUGGGCGAACAUUUGCUACCGGCAACCAAGACAAGACAUGCCGAAUCUGGGACGUGAGGAACCUUUCAAAAUCCGUCCAUGUGUUGAGGGGUAACCUUGGAGCCAUCCGGUCCAUCCGCUUCACCUCGGAUGGCCAGUUCAUGUCCAUGGCUGAACCUGCUGACUUUGUGCACAUCUACGACGUGAAGAGUGACUACAACAAAAGGCAGGAGCUGGACUUCUUUGGCGAGAUAUCCGGCACAUCGUUCAGCCCAGACACUGACACGCUUUUCGUUGGUGUGUGGGAUAGGAUGUAUGGCAGCCUGCUACAAUUUGGCCGCCUGUACAACUACUCGUAUCUUGACUCCCUGUUUUGAUGUGGAUCCAAACGGGUGUUGAACUGUUGGGUUUUGGUGUACCUCAGUGCUCUGAAUGUUGUCAGCAUAAAUUAGGUGGUUAUCCCUAAUCAGGAUAUUAAGUUGCAAAGAUAAUUGAAUUAAUAAAUGUUGUACCGUGCCCGAUGUGUAUAUGUAAAAAGAAAUGUAUACAUGUGCCUAUUGAGAGACCGAGUUGAGAUGUGACUUAGGGGUUGUUUGUUUGGGAUUAUAAUCUAUUCAGAUUAUAUAAUCUAAUUUAUUUGUUUU